UGGAAACGUGACAACUACACCACAAAAAGUGUUGAUUUGCUUCCUUUCUCAGGCUCCGUUGUUUGAGAUGGACCAGGAGGAGGAUGAGGAAGAAGAUGGUCUCCCAGUGAGGAGCCGAGCCACAGACCCUGACACGUUCAUCUACAUGAACUUCAUGAAGAGUCACUGCUGCUAUGACGCCAUCCCUACCAGCUCCAAACUGGUCAUUUUUGACACAACACUACAGGUGAAGAAGGCUUUCUUUGCUCUGGUAGCUAACGGAGUGAGGGCCGCUCCACUGUGGGACAACAAGCUGAAGUGUUUUGUGGGUAUGCUGACCAUCACUGACUUCAUCAACAUUCUCCAUCGCUAUUACAAGUCUCCUCUGGUUCAGAUAUAUGAGCUGGAAGAGCACAAGAUAGAGACAUGGAGAGAGACCUAUCUACAGUACCAUAUCAACAGACUGAUCAGCAUCACUCCUGACUGCAGUCUGUUUGAUGCCAUCUACUCCUUGUUGAAGAAUAAGAUACACCGGCUGCCGAUCAUCGACCCGGCGUCAGGAAAUGUCCUCCACAUCCUGACUCACAAACGCAUCCUCAAGUUCCUCCACAUCUUUGGAUCUAUGAUUCCUAAGCCCAGGUUUCUUCAGAAGCGGAUCAAUGAGGUGGCGAUCGGUACUUUCAGAGAGAUUGCAACAGUCCAGGAGUCGGCCUCAGUCUAUGACGCUCUGACUAUCUUUGUGGAGAGAAGAGUUUCUGCUCUGCCAGUAGUCAAUGAGCAAGGUAAAGUCGUGGCACUGUACUCCAGGUUUGACGUCAUUAACCUCGCAGCCCAGAAAAACUACAACAACCUGGACAUGACGGUGAGGGAGGCCAUUUCCUCCAGAGCCUGCUGUGUGGAGGGAGUGCUGAAGUGUUACCCUUACGAAACACUGGAGACCAUCAUCGACCGCAUUGCAAAGGCUGAGGUGCAUCGUUUGGUGUUGGUUGACAGCGAGGAUGUGGUUAGAGGGAUUGUCUCUCUGUCUGACCUUCUACAAGCCCUGGUUCUCACCCCUGCAGGUAUUGAUGCGCUGUACUCCUAACGCCAACUCCAAUCCCUUGCUCUUUCUCUCAAAGCCCCGGUCCUUCCAUCUGCCUUCAAGUCCUUGAAAGUUUCUGCUCCCUCAAUCUACGUUCCUUCUCCUCUUGUGAAUGCUCUCGUUCCUAAUGACAAAACUCUUCGUCUUCUUCAACUUGAAAUCCUCCUGAGGACAAAGAGUGUCGUUCUUCGGUUCCUGUGAAAUGUUCUGACGUCAAAGAUCCGACUCUUCCUUGGUCCUCCCUUCCUGAAAUCUCCUGAACCUUUCAAGAAUACUUGUAAAUACUACUUGAACAAAUUACCACAUUUAGGAAUUCAUCUGAAGACCCCCCUCCAGGAUAGUGAGAGAUCAAUCUCUGGAAUAUGUUCUUAAACCUGUGAUCAACCAACAAGUCUCUUUCUGCUAUUUCCACAUCAACCAACCACCUCAACAGGAGAAAAACUGUCUUUUUGUUUCCUCUAAAACUAAUUUGAAGCAUCAAACUAAAUGAUCCUGAUCUGAUGCCUCUGUAAA